AUAGAAAACGGUGUUGAUAAUAAUUUUGCAACAUAAGAUAGAAAUAUAUUUUUAUCAAUAUAAAAUGAAACGCAACUAAACACACCAUAACUAUCAUAAACAAAAAAGGUCACAGCGAUGUAAACGAAGAAAGUUUGUGAGUCAAAUGUCCAGUGACGUCAUGUCGGAAUCAGCGCGACGCUCCCGAUCCGUUGCCAUGGAAACCGGCGGUCUACCACUCGUGUCUACGUUUGCACUCCUCACUAUCGUGGCAGGUCAAUUGCAAGGAUCCGGCUAUAGUGAACAAGAGCCGGAAUUUUUGUCUCCUCUCGAAAACUUGACGGUGGCGCAAGGGAGGGACGUGCACUUCACGUGUACUGUCAACCAUCUCGGCACCUAUAAGGUGGCCUGGAUAAAGUCAGACACGAAAACAAUCCUGGCGAUUCAUACGCGCAUGGUGACUCUUAACCCUCGGCUGCUGGUGACUCACAAUGGUCACAACACGUGGAUGCUGUUCAUCUAUAACGUGGAACCCAAGGACUCUGGCACGUACAUGUGUCAGAUCAACACCGAUCCUAUGAUGAGUCAGAUGGGCCAUCUAUCAGUGGUGAUACCGCCGGACAUAGCCGACGAGGAUGGGUCAGAGGCAAGCACUCCUGAGGGAGGAUCCGUGGAGAUUCGCUGCACGGCUACAGGUGUACCACCACCUUCUAUAUCCUGGAAGAGGACCAUGGGCCGAAACAUCGUGUUCAGGGAUGAUAAUGGAAAGGAGAUUACAGUGAUGGAAAGCUAUGCGGGCUCCACGUUGUCGCUGAAGGGGCUUCAGCGUACCGACAUGGGCACGUACUUGUGCAUAGCAGCUAACGGAGUGCCGCCCACCAAGAGCCGCCGGUAUGAGGUCGCUGUGCAUUUUGAACCGAUAAUUCGAGUUGCAAGCCCUGUGGUGCUGCGAGCUACUGACAUGCAAGUAACUCUGCAAUGCUAUGUGGAGGCCUCGCCAAAGUCUUUGAACACGUGGCAGCGGGGAAAGUCUCAUGCCGGUGGGAAAUUGUUGAACAGCUCCAAGUACAUCAUAUCAGAGGAGGUACUGAGCGAGUACGCGAUGCGUAUGAAUCUGACCAUAACGCGACUGAAGAAGAAUGACUUCGGAGAAUACGUGUGUUCUGCGGUCAAUGGCUACGGGAAGGUCGAAGGGAGCAUACUUCUUAAAGAGACGCCGCAGAAGACCACCACAACUACGACCCCAACAACCACCACCACGACGACCACCACUCCGCCGCCAACAACCACGAGCGUCACCACGCGGCCGCCCAAACGGCACUACAAGAAGCAACACGAGCGAGGCAAUCAGAACACACUCGACGCCGACCUGCGGCAAGCGGAGCUCAACAAUGCGCUCAAUUUUUAUAACGUAAACGCUUACGGUCAAACCAAUAACACGCAUAACGAAUACGCUCAGCGGACCGAGUGGCAAAAACUACGGCCCACCGGUCCUUCCCGCCAAUUCAUAUACAACAAAGGGGCGAAAUUCAACGCUCUCGCUGCAAUCACGUUUGUAUUUACAAAACUCACGUUCGACAUCUUUGUAUAGAUAUAUAUUUCGACUUAUUUUUAAUAUAGUGAUAAAAACAUGGCUGUUAAUUAUUUUAUAAGAUAUUGUGGAGGUUGUUGUAUGUUAGCGGGUCUCGAUGUUGACAUUGUUCUAAUGGCGUUUGAAUGGAUAAGCCUUACGAUGUAAAUCAAGACAAUAAGUAUGAUAGGACGACUCAACGUUAGAGUAAGUUGUGAGAUUGUCCUAUGAAUAAUAUUUUAUUUAUUUGUAAAUUAUUUCGGAAAUAUCAUUAAUAUCAUAUCAAUCAUUAUCAAAUUAUUCGGCUAGAAUUUGUAUAAAUAACAAAUGUAACAAAUUAUUGUUGUCGGAAAAUUAGUAAAUUGAGCGAGCAUGUAGACUUUUGUAUGUAGUCUGAAAACGUUUGAACUAGACAAUAAAAUAUUUGCAGAUAACUUAUAUUAUUGCAAAAGCGAAUGUUAAUAAAUUUACCGAGAAUUAAUAACUAGCCAUUAGAAGUAUAAAUUUACGUGACAAUACUAAUGUAAGGACAAUAGAGUAGUAAUAAGAUAGCGACCAACA